AUGGCCACAACCAAUACUUACGACCACGAACUCAACGUCGCAUUACUCGCCGUGCAACGAGCAACACUCCUCACCAAAUCCGUCUUCCACUCCCACACAAAAGGCACCUUGAAUAAAUCCGACGCCUCGCCUGUCACCAUUGGAGACUUUGGCGCCCAGGCAUUAAUAAUCGCCGCUCUCCAACUCAACUUCCCCGACGACGAGAUAGUAGCAGAAGAGGAAGCGAAAGAUCUACGUGAGAACGGCCAACUACGCGAAACAGUAUGGGAUCUCGUGCAAAAAGCCAAACUCUCCGACUCUUCGGCAGAGAAAGUGCUUGGUGGAGAGGUGAAGAGUGCAGAGUCCAUGCUUGACAUCAUCGACAAAGGCGCAAGUCAAGGCGGUGCUAAAGGCAGGAUAUGGGCUAUUGAUCCAAUCGACGGGACGAAGGGUUUCUUACGAGGAGGACAGUACGCUGUAUGUCUUGCUCUGAUGGUGGAUGGGGAUGUCAAGGUGGGAGUGCUGGGUUGUCCGAAUCUACCGGUCUCGGACUCGGAGCCACUCAAGGAGGGUAUUGGUGCGGAUGCGAGCGACGAGGAAGGCAAAUUCGGCGUGCUUUUCUCUGCUGUGCAGGGGAAGGGUGCGCAGAGUCGUGCUUUGAGCAAAAGCGGAUUGGCGGAGAGUCAUGACAUCAAGAUGAAGCCUCUCACCAAUAUCUCGGAAGCCACGUUCUGCGAGAGCGUAGAGGCGGGCCAUAGCAGUCAAGGCGACGCCGCAGCCAUCGCAUCAAAACUAGGCAUCACCAAACCCUCCGUCCGAAUGGACAGCCAGGCCAAAUACGGUUCUAUUGCUCGAGGAGCAGGAGAUCUGUAUCUCCGCCUCCCCGUGCGCAAGGACUAUGUGGAGAAGAUCUGGGAUCAUGCGGCUGGUGACCUGAUUGUGCGUGAAGCUGGAGGUAGGACGUUGAAGGAGAACAAGGGUGUCGUUGCUGCGCCCAAGGAUGUGCAUGGUAAGGUUAUUGAGGCUGUGAGGGAGGUUCUUGGGGAGAAGGAGUAG